CUUAGUUCCUAUAUCAUAGUCUGUAGCCCAUUUGAGAUCUUUCAAAUCAAUAGUUAUUUAGCUUAUUUGAACAUUUGAGAUCUUUCAAAUCGAUAGUUCUUGAUCCUAUCUGAUUCUUCAUAUGGAAUCAGAUUCAAUUUUCUCCAAGAAGAGUGAUGUUCCUGUUUCAGGGAACAAUGCCUCUCCAACAAAUCAUACCAUCAUCUCAACCCUUUCUCAAGAAGAGCGACAAUACUCUCAACAGCUCCAUCAAUACCAAGGCUUUUGGUGCUUUCCAGCUUACUUGGAAGGCAUCGUGUCAGCACAGGAACACUUCAUAGCUCAGCCUACUGAUAUUAUCGCUUGCAGCCAUCCAAAAUCUGGUACAACUUGGCUUAAAGCCCUAUGUUUCGCCAUUCUGACGAGAAAGCAGUUCAGCGAAUCCUCUACAAAUCCUUUACUUACCGAAUUGCCGCAUGAUAUUGUGCCCUUAAUUGAUCAUUUAGCUUAUAACAGAGACCCAGACCUUCCACUUGUAGCCACUCACAUUCCCUACACCUCCUUGCCCAAGUCCAUAAUAGAGUCCAAGUGUAAAAUUAUUUACAUUUGCAGGGAUCCCAAGGAUUUGUUAAUUUCGUUGUGGCACUUUUCUGGUAAGAUGAGAGGUACAAGCGCAGAAGCCUUUCCUCUGGAGGAAGCAUAUGAGAAAUUUUGUGAAGGAGUUAUUCCUUACGGGCCUUACUGGGAUCAUGUUUUGGGGUACUGGAAAGCAAGCCUUCAAUUUCCAGAGAGAGUACUGUUUAUCAAAUAUGAGGAUUUACAGAAUGAUAACUUCUCCUAUGUCAAGAGAAUGGCAGAGUUCAUGGGUUGCCCUUUCUCCAUGGAAGAAGAAAGACAAGGAUUGGUGCAGAAAGUUGUUGACUUGUGCAGCUUUGAGUUUCUUAGCAAUUUGGAGGUGAAUAAGAGUAAAAAGCACACUUCUGCAGCAGGACCUUUCAGAAUUGAAAACAAUGCAUUUUUCAGGAGAGGUAAGGUUGGUGAUUGGAAAAACUAUUUGACAGCUGAAAUGGCAGCUCGAAUUGACCAAAUAACUGAGCAGAAGUUCAGUGAUUCUGGCUUGGCUUUCUGAUCUCCAUAAAACAUCUCUGUUUGUCAUAAUUUGUGUGUUUUAAUGGUCUGGUUCUUCCAUCUACACAUGUACUUCUUAUGGUUUAGAAGGCUUGCUCUUUCGAUAAAAAAAAAAUGUCAAACAUUGAUCACUCUUUUGUAAUCAAUCGAAGCGUGUUUUUGGUGAUCUAAAUGAAGGCAUGCAGUUAUCUUUGUUUGCAAAUAAAAUUGGAUUGUUAUGCCUGUCAAACUCGAAAACAAUUCAUUCUUUAGGAGCUAAGCCUGAGACGGCAAUGCAAAUUGACUACAUAACCAAACA